AUGUCAUCUCGCCGAAACAGUUUCGGCAAUCGAUCGAAGAAUUUCAAUCGGCAGUCGGAAACUCACAACCAUGCUGAUGAUUCGGAGAUUGACCUAGCAACAAAAAAUGAUGGAUCAUUGAAUAUUCUACCUGAAUUAAUGAAAAACAUUCGAAAAUUAUUACCACGAGAAUUUCCAUUGAAUAUGUAUGUGCGCCAGGUAGAAUACAUAGAAAAUCAAUGUGAACAUCUUAUUGGAACUUUAUUUAUGACUACAUUCCGACUUGUCUUCGUGCCAGAUAGAGAAACUGAAUGCAAUGCCUUCAUCAUCUCGGAAAAUAAAUAUAUUGGUGAAUAUGACAUUCCAUUAGCGUCCAUUUAUAAAAUACAUGUAGCACCGGUUGAUUCUCGAUCAGGGUUCAAGUCGUUUUUGAAUGAAAAUCAAAUACAAUCCGAAACGCGGACAUUUACAAUCAUCACACGAGAUUUUCGUCGGGUUACUUUCACAAAAUGUUCAGUUACAAAAUCGAAUACAGGAACAAAACAAUCAUCUGCAUCUGUAACGAAUAUGGAAACAUAUAUAAAUGCAUUACGACGUCAUAGUCAAUUCCAAUCGAAAGAUCAAUUAUAUCCUUAUCUUGCUAUGCAACAAAGUUCUUCGGAUGUAGUGUCUCGGGAUUAUACGCACGACUCAUUGUCAAACACACGAUCGGUCGAUGAUGUUACGAAAGAUUUUUCUUUGAGUAAUGACGAACGUGUUAAAAGUUAUUUGACUUACUACGAUUGGAGAGAUGAAUUGUAUGAAGCAGAUGAACACGACUGGAUCGUUGAUCAGAAGAAAUUUAAUAAACAUUAUGUUGUUCAAGAAGACGGUCCGUAUGUUUGUUUAGCAAAAAAUACUGACGAAAGUUUAAAUGAUUUGAUUUGGCAUUGGACUCAUACAUCUCAAAUUGGUACUGACGGGCCCAGUAGAAGACCGAUAGAGCAGCAAAAGCACAUGCUAAUCACUGUUCCAAAUGUUGCAGAUGCUACAACUAUGGAACCUCCUGAAACACCGGGCAGUGCGCCGGCUGUUCCACAAUCAUCAUCGUCAUCAUCAACCCCGUUUCGUUUUUCUAAAAUAAAAAAGAAAUUACGAAAAUCUUUACGCCCCAAUACGACUGAUGGUCCCAAAUUGAUUUGCACGAAUGAAACGAAAACAACAACAAACGACUUACCAGCUAUGUCGGAAAUGGUCUCCGAUGUUGGUUUACGACGUGCAGCAACUGAUACAACAAAAUUUCCAUGUAGUCUAAAACGAUUGCAAACAGGUUAUGAGAAACUAUUCGAAACAUGUGUUUUGACUAUUGAUGAUGACGAUGAAAAAUGGUGGACUAAAGUAGGUGCAUGUAAAUGGCUGAAAUAUGUGUCGAAAGCUUUACAUGGUGCUGCAUCUCUAGCGAAAUUACUUGAUUUUAAGAACAUAGAAUUAGCUGGAAGCGAUACUGAUAACAAUUGUCUAAUCUCAUCAUUAAUUCAAAUCCUUCUGCGUCCGAAAUGUCGUACAAUAAAAGGUUUUUGUGAACUAAUUGUUCGCGAAUGGCUUAUCCGUGGACAUAAGUUUCGCGAACGUUUCGGUCAAGUCUUGUAUGAAGCAAGUGGUUCUAGUGCUCAAGAAUCACCGGUUUUUCUACUUUUUCUCGAUUGUGUUUAUCAAUUACUUCGACAGAAUCCUUUACAAUUUGAAUUCACGGAAUAUUUUCUACUCGAACUUUAUCGUAGUGUUUGUUAUUGUUAUCAUCAUACAUUUGUUUUCAAUUCAAUCAGCGAACGCGUCUAUGCAAUAUAUAAUUGUCCGAGAAAUCUUCUGGUUUUAUCAGCAUUCGAUUUUUCUCUUUAUCUCCAUCCAAAUGCAUCUUGUUUGAUAAGAAAUUAUGCGUCAGUCUCUUCUGAUCAACCGAAAAAAUCUCGAAUCGAAUCGCCAAUCUAUUAUCCGCCAUCAGAAUCUCCUCAGCGACCUGCUCGAACUGUUUACUACCUCGAAAGACCGAAAUCAACAAGUUCUAUGUCCGAAGUUCAGUUAACAAAUAACUUCCCAUUACCCAUUGCUGAACACUACGAAUACGAAACGAUUGAAUCACCUCAAUCAUUUCCCGCCAAUUUAACCGUCGAUUGGCGAGUGUUCAAUUUAGAACUAUGGCCGAAAUGUUACUGUCGAUAUGAUCAAAAAUAUAAACCAACAUACUACGAGCAAUGUUUAUCUAAUGAUAUCGAUUAUUUCAUAGAAAAUCUUGCCAAAAAAUCUCAACAAGCAGUCACCCUAGACACUUAUAGUUAUAUUGGCUACGCUAAUUCUUGGCACCCGCAAACACUUGAUACUCGUGUGUAG